AUGGAGGCACAAAUUCAUCAACUUGAGCAGGAAGCAUAUACUGCUGUUUUAAGGGCUUUUAAAGCGCAGUCUGAUGCAAUUUCUUGGGACAAAGAAAGCUUGAUAACAGAAUUACGUAAAGAAUUGAGAGUAUCUGAUGAUGAACAUCGAGAGCUUCUGAGCAGGGUCAAUAAGGACGAUACUAUCCAAAGGAUAAGAGAUUGGAGACAGGGAGGCGGAAGCCAAGCUUCUAGGCAUGCAACUAUUCAGGGUUUUGAUGUUGUUCCUAGUCCAACUUUCUCAGCUUCCCGGAAGAAACAGAAGACAUUCCAAUCUUACCAUCCAUCAAUUGGUGCGACUGGAAAUAGAUCAUUCAAUAACCGGGUAGUAACCGGUGGCGUAUCAGCAAAUGAACCUGCUGAAGCUCUUAUCGGAAGAAAAGUGUGGACAAAAUGGCCUGAAGACAACAACUUCUAUGAAGCAAUUAUAACCCAGUACAACGCAGAUGAGGGUCGGCAUGCUUUGGUGUAUGAUAUAAACGCAGUGAAUGAAACGUGGGAAUGGGUUGAUCUCAAGGAGAUUCCACCAGAAGACAUUAGGUGGGAUGGAGAAGACAGUGGGGUAGCUUUAAACAUUGGACAUGGAGGUGGAUCAAUCCGUGGCAACCGAAGAACCCAAAGCCAUAUUGGUAGAGGGAGAGGACCGAGAAUUCACCAACCGAGAAGAGAACUUGUACCUCCACCAACACAACAGAAUGGUGGUGGUGGUCGUAGGACUUCUUCUGAUGAUAUUGAAUUGUUCAACACAGACUCACUUGUGAAGGAGGUGGAGAGAGUUUUCGACUCUACACAUCCUGAUCCGCUCGAGCUCAAUAAGGCCAAGAAAAUGCUCAAGGAACAUGAACAAGCGCUUAUUGCUGCAAUUGCAAGGCUUGCUGAUACCUCUGAUGGUGAAAUCGAUGGAGAUCCACCAUAUUCGCAUGACCAUCCAAUGCCACAGGGAUGA